AUAAUUUACUUAUUUGCUUAAUCCCACACAAAAGCAUUUUCAGAAUUGCUGUACCCAUAACCAUUGUGAAAAACAAACUUGCUAAGUAGAGUUCAAGAUUUUAUCAAACCUAUUCAAACUAACUUUUUUGUCUUUAGACUGAAGGUCAAUGGUCAAAGCAACAAUUUGAACACAGGUUCAAAUAUUACUUGGAUUAGUUAUUUAUUUCUCUUCAUCAUGGUGGUUAUUCAUUUGAAAUGUAGGUACAUUCAUUUGUUUCUAUAUAUAUUCACUUUUAGGGGGCUUUCUCAUCUUUAUUUUUAUUUUUUGCAACACAGAGACCAUUAAUAUGGUCCUCCAAAGUCCAGUCUGUCCAAAUCUGUGCUCAGAAGAGUGUUCUUCUCCUAGCCCUCUCACUCCAUGCUCCAUGCCCACCAACCUACUGUAGUUUCUGGUUUAUCCUCCCUGCAUUUCUUUUUGGGAAAAAAAAAAGAUGAUAAACUACAAAAUGUUUUCACUGUUAAUUUAGUUGAACGAUUUUUGAGGGAGAAUGCACUCCCCAACCCACCAUAGUCCCCAUCCCUGCCUAUUGCCUUCCCCAGGCACUUGUUCUCAUCUGCUUUCCCACCUGGUCCUGCUGAGUCCUCCCUAGGCCCUACAGGCCUAACUGGGCAGUGGGAAAGCCAAUGCCCUCUCCUUCCUCUGAACCAGGACCUCAGAUUCACCUCCUAGAGGCAAAUACCCACAUCAAAGUUGUGGUCAGGUCCAGGAAGUAGUGACUGUGGACAGAGCGUAGGAAGCAGGUGACCCAGAUUCCAGGUACAACUCAGCUGGGUAAUCUAGAACACACGCCUUCCCUCUCUGAGCACCAGUCUCAUCCAAAUAACAGAGACCUGGACCAGGGCCCUUCAAAUUCCAGCAGCAGGUGAGUUAAACCCAGAGAUCCAUGCCCUGUUGUCUGCCACCCUGAUCCAUGCCGGUGCAGACUGUGUGUGUGUGAGGCACAGACACAAGCAAGGCACAGAUAAGAUCCCUGCUACCAAGGGGCUUGCAUUCUAGUAAAACAGGCUCUAAGCAGCACGUGCGUAGAUAUGAAAUACAAUUUCAAGUAGGAAAAGGGCCAGUAAGAAAAAUAAAACAGGGUUAAAGAAGUAGUGAUGGGAAAGUGGAACAAUUUUAGGAAGGAUGGUCACUGAAGGCAGAGACCUGAAUUAGGUGAGGGCGAGCCAUGAAGAAAUCUGGGGGAAGGGUGGAAGAAACAGCACAUGCAAACUUCCUCAAGGGAAAAGGAGUUUGACAUGUGGGACCAACAUAAAAACUGCAUGGCUGUAAGUAUGGGAGGCAAGGAGGAGGCGGGUGAGGUCAGAAAGGUGAGGAGAAGGCAAUCUCAGCACAGAGGUAUGAGAUUCUAUUUUGAUGAUGGGACGCUCUUGGAGAGAUGAGCGCAGGAUCGUGACCUGAUCCGAUUUGUCUUUAGAGAGAUCGACUUUGGGCAGCUGCAUAGAGAGUGGAUCUAUUUUGUCAAGAUCCAAUCAACAAAACACAAAUCACUCUACGUAUUCCAGACAAGAGGAAUUUGAUACAAAGAAGGAGCUGGACUAUCAGAGGGGCUGCAGGGGCUGAGUCGCUGGUGUGGAGGAGACAGCCACAGUCCCUGGCUUGCACCCUUCCAUGGGGCCAGCCAAACCCCCAGAAGGAUGGCAGCCCGGGCGUCUGAGCCAGCGCCUGGGCAGCCUGUGAGGACAGGGCGAAGCCUGAGCACUCGAAUGGCCAACGCCACAGGGCUGAGCGCCCCAGAAGUCGCAGCCUCGAUGGGGUUGAUCCUGGCGGCUCUCGUGGAAGCGGCGGCACUGCUGGGCAACGGCGCGCUGCUGGUGGUGGUGUUGCGCACGCCGGGACUGCGCGACGCUCUCUACCUCGUGCACCUGUGCGUCGUGGACCUGCUGGCGGCCGCCUCCAUCAUGCCGCUGGGCCUGCUGGCCGCUCCGCCGCCGGGGCUGGGCCGCCUGCGCCUGGGCCCCGCACCCUGCCGCGCGGCGCGCUUCCUCUCGGCGGCGCUGCUGCCCGCCUGCACGCUCGGCGUGGCGGCGCUCGGCCUGGCGCGCUACCGCCUCAUAGUUCAUCCCCUGCGGCCCGGAGCGCGGCCUCCGCCCACCCUCGUGCUCACGGCCGUGUGGGCGGCGGCCGGGCUUCUGGGCGCGCUCUCUUUGCUCGGGCCGCCGCCCGCACCGCCCCCGGCCCCGGCUCGCUGCUCGGUCCUGGCCGGGGGCCUCGGGCCCUUCCGGCCGCUCUGGGCACUGCUGGCCUUCGCGCUGCCCGCCCUCCUGCUGCUCGGCGCCUACGGCAGCAUCUUCCUCGUGGCGCGCCGGGCCGCCCUGCGGCCCCCACGACCCGCACGCGGGUCCCGGCCGCGCUCCGACUCUCUGGACAGUCGCCUCUCCAUCUUGCCGCCCCUCCGGCCUCGCCCGCCCUGGGGCAAAGCAGCCCUGGCUCCGGCGCUGGCCGUGGGCCAGUUCGCAGCCUGCUGGCUGCCUUAUGGCUGUGCGUGCUUGGCGCCUGCUGCCCAGGCCGCAGCGGCCGAGGCGGCCGUCACCUGGAUAGCCUACUCGGCCUUCGCGGCUCACCCCUUCUUGUACGGCCUGCUGCAGCGCCCUGUACGCCGGACGCUGGGCCGCCUUGCCCGCCGAGCGCUACCGCGGUCCCCGCGAGCCUGCACUUCGCGGGCCUGGCACCCGCGGGCCCUCCUGCAGCGCCUCCGGAGACCGCCAGAGGGCCCUGCCCUUGGCCCUUCGGAGGCACCUGAACAAGGCCGGGAUUUGACAGGAAGGGAGAGCCUGAGCCUGUCAGAGGCCACGUGAGAGAUGUCUCCCAGGUGAGCCGGGACUGGAGAGAGCAGGGUGGUAUGGGGAAGGGCCUGUCCAGCCUCCAGCACAGCUUGUGGCAGGUGCCCUGCCUGGACUUCUGACCCUGGAAUGGGAGAAAGGGGGCCUGUAGCCUGGUGAGGCCCAGAUUCUUCUGCGAGGAAUCCUGAGUUCCGGGCCCAACUCUGCAUGGCCGUGUACACACACCUGCCCUUCCCUGGGCCUCAGGUUUCCCAUCUGUACCCCGGACUGUGUCUAAGGGCUCCUCCAGCUUGAGUGAUCUGGACACUCACAGACGGUCCCCAGGCCAGGGAAGAAGCGGAGGUGGGCAGGAUCACAGAGAAGACGCCCUAAGGGCUCACAGCCAGAGGGGGUGGGCCAAGCAGGGCGGGUCUGGGUUACAGCCACAGCAGGAAGAACCAGUGGAGGGACAUUCGGAAAGACCUCUGCGACAUGUGCACCAAGAAGAGGCUGGACAGAACUACUGAGACUCCUCCAUCAGCUUCUAAAAAUGCCCAGAAAAAAAAAAAAAAAACCUGGAUCAUUUGGUGCCAGAGACAGGAGGCUGGACAACAUGACCCCCAAAGAGCCAGAAUUGGCAUGUGGAAAGGGGCUGAAGCCCAGCUGGGGCUGAUGGAGUCAUAUAGAUGGGGGUCCUCUGGGACCUCGGCUGCACUCAUUUUCUGUAGGUUUUGCCAACACCCACAAUGUUUCACAGCUUCCUGGUCUCUGAGAAUAUUUAUUCAAAAACAGGAAUUGAAAAAACUGUA